AUGGCGUCGAGUUCAUCGGACGAGGAAGUUGAAGUAGAGCUGCUGGAUUCCGUGUCCAAGAUUAAUGGCGCUUUACAAUACAAGAAGGUACACUCAACACUCUCACAAGAGACAAGUGAUACAAGUACACGAAAAGAAGAUUAUCAGAGGCACGAGGAAGAGGUUCCAGUUAAUCACAAAGAAUUACGACGUACUAAUGAGCAGCUACGGAAUCAAGUCAUGGACCUGAAGAGUGCCUUAGUAGCACGAGACCUAGAGAUUGUGACGCUACGUGAUCGCUGUGAAUGUCUCACCACUGCAAUCGAGCAACAGGACGCAGUUAUUGCCAAGAUUUACGCGUCGACGGGUCCUACUGACGCGACGAAAGGAUCAAUCGUUACUACUUUACCAGUUCUUACAGCCGACAACACAGUGAAUCAAGUGAACGAUGAUGAUCUGGAUGAUCCAUACAGCAGUAUCUCGAUACAAAAGGAGAAAAGGACGUGGAGUAGCUCGAUGAAGAGUGAUCCAGUGGGGUUGGCAGAGCCUGCACAGAAAAUGCUGGAAGCACAAUUGGAUUUAUUGGGAUUCCAAGAUGAAAAUGUCAAGCAAGCUGUCGAAUCACUACAGAAGGAGUUACCGACUGAGCUUGAGAAAGUCAGGGAAGAUGUUGUGACAGUUGAUUUGGAUCAGCUUCCGUACACCCCACGCGCGCCUAUGAACUCGAACAGUCUCAGUGAGAGUGUCAGUGUUUAUAGCUCUAGCAGCACUCCGACGGUUUCGUCGUCGCCGUCGUCGUCGUCGUCGCUGUUUGGAGAUAUUGGUGAACCAGUUUUAAAACUUCCGCAAUCGUGGACUUCACCGAAAAGUGGAUCGAUUGUCAAGCGACGUCCGUCACUUGAGCGGCAAGACAGUGGCUCUGCUGAAAAAGUUUUUGCGCGAUCAGCAGGUUUUCUUCGCAAGUCCAAUCGCACCAUGUCGGCACGGUUGAGUGUGAGGGACCUUGGUCUCCUAUGUAACGAUGACGAUGUCGACGGUAAUAACCAAUCACCAAAAGCGCCUCCUUCAAAUGUUCAUGGACGGCAGGACAAAUACGAAAGCGACCAGAACGGCUCUGCUGAGUUUGCUGAUAGUGGAGGGUCAUCAGUGUCUACAAAAAGCCGAAGCCAGCGGAAUCUCUUUGCUGACGUUGAUGAAGCGCUAAAAACAAAAACCAAGCGGAAAAACGCUGGCACUGACCCAGUGGAUGGAGACAAGGCAGACGAAGACAGCUUGACAUAUGGCGAAUUUCUGCAACGGAUUAGUCAGCCCGCCUCCCGAGACAUUCUGAACAAAAUCCGCGUGUUUGUAGGCUCGAUUUUGGGGCCUCGUGGCGACGGUCGACCUCCUCGCUCGACAGACUACAUUGAAUACUACUUCUAUGGAACACACGAGCUCCGACGCCGAUGCAACCGAUUUUUUGAGAGCAUGGGGGACAAUUUGUUACAUCAUCCUGCCUGGCGUCAUGUGUCGGAUGCGAAACUAGCCAAGGCGCGUGAUGGUAUUGAAAAGUAUGUGAUGGAUAAGGUGUCCGAUAUUGCGUUCAAUCGACUGAAAGAAUGCCAUGAUUGGGUAAAAGAGGAUGAAGCACUACUUCGACGAAUGCAGCUAUUGUCGUUCAUUACGCCGGCGAUGCUGGAUAUUAAACCUUGUAUGCGCAAUGAAGUCGUAUGGUCGCUGGCCGAAGACGAAUUGCGGCGAAUCAAUUCGUUUCGUUCACCAGGGGAAAAAAUCAAUUGUAUUGUGCGGUGCUGCGGCGUGAUUUUCAGUGUUCUGAAUUUAUCGAGGGGAGACUCAGGCAGCCGUCCAGGUGCCGACGAUUUCCUGCCAGUUUUUAUCUACAUCGUACUGCAUUCACAAAUUCCGAGACUGCAUUCCAACUGCGAGUAUAUUUCAGCCUACCGGAACCAAGCUGACUUGAUGUCAAAAGCUGGAUACUGUUUUGUGAAUUUACGCAGUGCCAUUGAGUUUAUUAUGGUAAUGGAUGGAUCCAUGUUAUCCAUUCCAGAUGACGAGUUUCAAAGGCUUUAUUCUGAGAGGGAAAAAGUAAUACCCUAG